AUGUCCUUUGUCACCAAGUGCCACGCCAGAACCGUCUACGACUCCAGAGGUAACCCUACUGUCGAGGUCGAAUUGACCACAGACAAGGGUCUGUUCAGAGCCAUCGUGCCUUCGGGCGCGUCCACAGGUGUCCACGAGGCGCUCGAGUUGAGAGACGGAGACAAGUCCAAGUGGCUCGGCAAGGGUGUCACAAAGGCGGUCGCCAACGUCAACUCCAUCAUCGCGCCAGCACUCGUGAAGGAGAAGAUCCCUGUGACGGAGCAGAAGAAGCUCGACCAGUUCUUGAUCGACUUGGACGGAACCCCUAACAAGGGCAAGCUUGGAGCCAACGCCAUCUUGGGUGUCUCGAUGACCGCUGCCAAGGCCGCUGCUGCGCUGGAGGGCGUUCCCCUCUACGCCUACCUCGCCAAGCUCUCCGGCUCCAAGGCUCCGUACGUGCUUCCUGUGCCUUUCAUGAACGUGCUCAACGGCGGCUCCCACGCAGGCGGCUCGCUCGCCUUCCAGGAGUUCAUGAUUGCCCCAACGGGCGCGUCCUCUUUCUCCGAGGCCCUCAGAAUCGGCUCCGAGGUCUACCACCACUUGAAGAACUUGGCCAAGGCCGAGUACGGCCAGUCCGCCGGUAACGUCGGUGACGAGGGCGGUGUUGCGCCUGACAUCUCCACCGCCCAGGAGGCGCUCGACUUGAUCAUGGAGGCCAUCCGCAAGGCCGGCUACGAGGGCAUCGUCAAGAUCGCCAUGGACUCCGCGUCCUCCGAGUUCUACAAGAACGGCAAGUACGACUUGGACUACAAGAACCCUAACUCCGACGGCUCCAAGGCCCUCACCGGCCACGAGUUGGGCGACCUCUACGCAGACCUCUUGGCCAAGUACCCGAUUGUCUCGCUCGAGGACCCAUUCGCCGAGGACGACUGGGAGACCUGGUCCGGCAACUUCAGCAAGUUGCCUAUCCAGAUCGUCGCCGACGACUUGACCGUCACCAACCCGCUCAGAAUCAAGACCGCCAUCGAGAAGAAGGCCGCCUCCGGCUUGUUGUUGAAGGUCAACCAGAUCGGUACCUUGUCCGAGUCCAUCCAGGCCGCCCACGACGCCUUCGCUGCCGGCUGGGGGGUCAUGGUUUCCCACCGUUCCGGAGAGACCGAAGACACCUUCAUCGCCGACUUGACUGUCGGUUUGAGAACCGGUGAGCUCAAGUCCGGUGCCCCAGCCAGAUCCGAGAGAAUGGCCAAGUACAACCAGUUGUUGAGAAUCGAGGAGGAGUUGGGCGACAAGGCCAUCUACGCCGGUAAGUACUUUGCCACCGCCUCCACCCUCUAA